GACAAAACAAAACCAAACCAAACCAAACCUCCCUAAUUAAUGAAAAACCGUCCAACAUCCUUCUUCUCCUCCACUAACAUCGCACUUCACCUUCUCUUCCUUCUCUUGUAUAAACUUACAGCUUGUGACACCUGUUACCAUAAUCCAAAAGACCCAUUUAAUAAAAUACUAUAUAUAUUUAUAUAAAUAAAUAUGCAAAUUACAAGAAAUGAAACCAUAUUUCCAAAGCUUAUAAAAUUUAGAAAAAUAUUUUCAAAGCUGUUUCUGUUGUCUCUUUGUCUGUCCUUUGUAUAUAUAUUCAUAUAUACGUAAUUUCUUUUUCUUUCUUUCCUCCACCACAGAACGAAUGUCGGAACCAAGAAACCCUUCUUUUUGUUCCCUUUAAAUUUCCCUAAAUUCUCUCUCUGUCUUUCUAUUCCUCCCUUUUAUCAUUACCUUUCCUUUCUUUUACGUGAACCAACAAAGAUUUGUGGAAAAGAUUUCUGAGACUCGAGGGAAAAGAAAGAAAGAAAGAAAGAAAGAAAGAAAGAAAGAGAAUUUUGGACGACAUGGGAGCUUGCGCGACUAAGCCUAAGGUUUUAAGGGAUGAUGCUCAAGCUCCGGUGCCGGCUGCUGAACCGGCGGUGGAGGAGUCGGUUUCCCAAGUUAAUAAGGGGGAACGAUCGCUUCCUCUCGUAAAAGAGGUGAAAGAAAAGAAGGUUGUUGAGAAUGAAGGUGAUGAUAAGGUGAAGGAGAUCGUUGAUGACGACAAGGCUGAUGAUCAAAGUACUAAGCGACGAUCUCUCACUAACUUGUUCAAGGAGGGUGAAGAAGGAAAGGAGUCAGCAGAAAGUGUGAAGGCACCAGCAGAACCAGUGAAACAAGAAAUGGCGGUAAGUAUGAAGUCCCCCGCAGAACCACUGAAAGAAGAAUCAGCAGGAAGUGUGAAGUCACUAGAGGAGCCAGUACCAGUGAAACAAGAAUUAGUAGAAAGUAUGAAGUCCCCAGCAGAACCAGAAAAACAAGAAAUAGUAGAAAGUAUGAUGUCCCCAGCAGAGCCACUCAAACGAGUAGUAAAGAGUCCAGAAGAACUGGUGAAACAAGAAACAGCAGAAAGUAUGAAGUCACCAGCAGAACCACUGAAACAAGUAGCAGUGGAGAGUAACCCAGCAGAACCAGUGAAACAAGAAAUAGCAGAAAGUGUGAAGUCCCCAGCAGAACCACUGAAACAAAAAGCAGUGGAGAGUACCCCAGCAGAACCAGUGAAACAAGAAGCAGCGAAAAGUGUGAAGUCACCAGAGGAACCAGUGAAACAAGAAGCAGCAAAAAGUGUGAAUUCACAGGAGGAACCAGUGAAAAAAGAAUCAUUAGAGACUGAAAAACCUAAGGAGCCAACAGUCCAAGAGCCCGUGACUUCAAAUCCUGUGGAGCCAGUGAGAGUUGAACCAUCAAUGAGCAAAGAAUCUGUGGAGCCAGCGAAAGAAGGGCUAGGGACAGAAAAACCUGUGGAGUCAUUGAAACAAGUGCUGUCAAAAACUGAAAAACCUAGUGAGGCAGAGAAAGAAGAGCAGCAAGUGACUCAAAAGACAGUGGGGCCAGCGAAACAAGAACAUUCAGGAAUUGAAAAAUCUGUGGAGGUUUCAGAAACUAAGUUAACAGAAGCUGAAAAAUCUGAAAUCCCAGUUGAACCAAUUCCAUCAUUAACUAUUGGCGCUGGUCCAGUAAAGGUGGAAGCAGAGAAGGUAACUGGAGCCACACCUGAACUAGUAGAGCCCAAAAGCAAUGAAAUAUCACUGGAGAAAAAACCUGAAGAAACGAAAGUGAAUUAAGGAGUUGAGCCUCUUCAGUGAUGCCUAAAUAUGAUUUAUGAAGCCAAACUCAGAUUGAUACCAGAGAAAGGAUUAGAUAAAGAGAUGGUAGCCAACAUGAUGUGCUUUGGAUGCUUGUGAGUUUGUUUCAAUUGUUUCAGAUAUAAAUUUAAUUUUUAUUUCAUUUGGGUUUGUUCGCUAUUUUUUGUGCCAGCGAGGACGGAUGGAUUAUUAUUGGAUUAUAUAUGAAAGAGCAUAUAGAUUCUUGUUUCUGGUUUA